AUCUCAAUGGGAUUUUACCUGGAUAAAUAAAGGUUUUGAAUUGAAUUGAAUUGACAGUCAUUCUGAGAAAUGUAUCAAAUACUCUCCUUCUUGCAGACACUUAUUCAUACACACUAACAUAAACAUUUAAUAUGAGCAACACUUGAACUUGAACAAAGACGGAACAGCAACACUCGCUCAUGCAAAUGGGAUGUUAGUCAGAGUCUACUCAGAAGUGCAGUCGCCGGGGGUAAGGCAAGGGAGUCAUCUUCUCCUCAGCCUCCCUCGCUCCUCCCCCUGUCCAAUGGGUUCUGCAGUAUUAGAGCCUUCAGGAGAGUAAGGAAAGUCAGACAUUAUAGAGACAGAGGGACAAGGACUGCUGCCCUCUCAGACUCCCACUCCUAAUACAGGGUGCUUGAAAUUUGGUGUCCACAUUUAGGUCAUUAAUUCAUUUAUGUUUCAGUUCAUGACUUGUGUGAGGAAAGAUGGCUGCUAUAGUGCGUUGUGACCACUGAUGUUUGUUUUUGCGGAAUAGUUUGCUCCCUGCUUCUUUAGGUUGUUGUUUUUUUGUUUUUGUUAAACUUUUUUAGGAGACUUUGUAACUGUGAGACUCCCAGCUUGUGGAAUACCAGCCCUUCUUUCUUUGGACUGUCUCAACCUGCUUUCUACAAUGCUGACCGACCCGUGUGGAGCCAUGUCGAUGGGGUCAGAUGUUCGGGAUCUGACCCUCCUACCUCCAGUGCCUCCUGGGUCAUCCUUACCGGGCGCUGGUGGCGGCUGUGGGAUGUCUGUUGGGGGUGGUCAGUGGACCCAGCUGCUGGACCUCCACCCUGGCUCUCCCUACAGCUCCCUGCCCUCCCACCACUCCCUCAUCAAGCAGGAACCAGGUUGGGGGACCGCUGAUCCGAUAGAGGACCCUCACUGUGGACUUGGGGCCUUCACAUUGCACUUCUCAGGCCAGUUUACAGGCUCGGGCCCCUGUCGAGUUGGGGCCUUCGGAGAGCCAACUGGAGGUCAAGCGAGGAUGUUUCCUAAUGGUACCUACCUGCCCGGCUGCAUGGACAGUCCUCCUACACACAGGAACCAGGGUUAUGGCGCAGUGGGUUUAGACAGCAACCCCAGUUAUGGUCACACUCCCUCUCAUCACAGCCCUCAGCUCUCCAGCCUGUCCUUCAAACAUGAGGACACUCUGUCACCGCAAAACAACAUAGUUGACCAGCAGUACCCAGCUCCUCCUCCCAUGUUUGGCUGCCACAAUCCUUCAGAAUCGUGUCCGAGCAGCCAAGCUCUGCUGCUGAGAAACUACAGCAGUGAUAACCUGUACCAAAUGGCAUCUCAGCUGGAUUGUGUAACCUGGAACCAAAUGAACAACCUGGCAACUUCGAUGAAAAGUGCCCAUGCACCCAGCUAUGACAGUGACCCCACAGCCCCACCCCCACCCAUGCUCAUGAGUGCCCAGUAUCACAUACACACACAUGGUGUCUUCAGAGGACUUCAGGAUGUUCGGCGCGUAGCUGGCAUUGCUCCUCCCACUGUGAGGUCAUCUGAAGCCAGUGAAAAGCGUCCAUUUGUUUGUGCUUAUCCUGGCUGCAGCAAGAGAUACUUCAAACUGUCACAUCUGCAGAUGCACGGCCGCAAACACACAGGAGAGAAGCCUUACCAGUGUGACUUCACAGACUGCGGCCGCAGAUUCUCUCGCUCAGACCAGUUGAAGAGGCACCAGCGCAGACACACAGGAGUGAAGCCCUUUCAGUGCGAGACGUGUCAGAGAAAGUUUUCACGGUCAGAUCAUCUUAAGACGCACACUCGGACUCAUACAGGUGAGAAGCCAUUUACCUGCCGCUGGUCCAGCUGCGAGAAGAAGUUUGCCCGUUCUGAUGAGCUGGUGCGCCACCACAGCAUGCACCAGAGGAACCUGACCAAGCUGCAGCCUGCCAUCUGAGCAGCGAGAGGAGGAGGAGGAUGAGGAGGAUGAGGAAGCUGACAAUAUGUUGUGCCAGGCAGCCAGUGGUGAAAGCCGCAGGAGCCUGGUCAGCAUGGUGCCUUGCCAGAAUGUGGUGAGCCCAGCUGAUGCCUCCCUCUGCCAGCCGACAUAAAGAGACUCGUAAUCCUCGAGAACUUCAGGAUGCACCUCAACUAGCACUCGUUCGGGUUAUUUGACACAAAAACUCAGACUGAGAGGGUACAACCACAGUUAUUCUGAGCCAAGAAGAAUAUUUUUUUUAUGAGAUGAGGAAAAUGUUGAUACACUAUUUUAGUAAACUUGCACUGGCUUUUUUUUAAUGCAUUUUUUGUAUUGUGUCACCUUGUAAACUGAAUUACGAAAUGGGCAAUGUGUCCAUUCAUUUGAGAUUUUUUGCUUUGAGUAAUGUGAACAUCUUGAUAUUCUUACAGUUUAAUUUCUCACAAAAUUGCUCUAUGUGGUGUAUUUGCUUACUUUUAUAGGCAUUCCUUUUUGUAAUUUCUAUGUUUUCAAGUUUAUAAAACUUUGAUUCACA